UGGUUCGUUGUGAUAGUUGUUGAGAUGUUUUUAGAACAAUUAUGCAAAUAUAUGAAAUUUUAUAUUUAAAAGAUUUAAGUUGAUGUAUAUAACACUCAGUUACGAGCCUUAUAAAACAUCCUAACUAUUUGGAAACGAUUCCAAACUGUUUUUGGCGCAUUUUCUCUCACAAGCAUCACAGAUCCUCGACUUAAUCAAUUGAGAACGACUUGGAUCUUCUUUCAAAUCCGUGAAGUGGCUGGGAAGAUACACACGUUUCUAUCUAAAAACUCAUGAUAAGAUGCUAUUAUCGUUGCAGAACACGGGCAUCGAUCAAAUUGCUAUCAACCCUUUCUCUGAAACAUUGCCAACAUUGUCCAUUUUCUUUAUCCUUUUCCACCUGGGCCCAAUUGACUCAAGAACAAGUACAAUAUGUAGCUCCAACCCCGGAUUUGGAUGAUGCUCAUACGGGUGCCCGCUUUCUUCAAAAUUGCAUCAUCAGUGGCGACCUAGCCUCAGGAAAGACCUUUCACUGUCAAAUCUUGAAAAAAGGCGGUGGCUUGGACCUGUUUGGAUGGAAUAUACUUUUGAAUUUGUACGUGAAGUCGGAGCUUUUAUCGGAUGCUCGCAACCUGUUUGACGAAAUGCCUAGCAGAAAUACAGUUUCCUUCGUCACUUUAAUUCAGGGGUUUUCAGAGUUGUUUCCACAUGCUGAAUCCACCAAACUGUUUGUUAGGUUACAUAGAGAAGGUCAUGAGCUUAAUGCGUUCGUUUUCACUACUAUCUUGAAGCUACUUGUGAACAUGGAGUGUCCUGAGUUAGCCAGAAAUGUUCAUGGGCCAAUUUAUAAACUAGGUCAUCAAUCCAAUGCUUUUGUAGGCACUGCACUUCUAGAUGCCUAUUCAUCUUCCGGGUUUGUUGAAAUGGCAAGGGAAGUUUUCAAUUCAAUUUUGCAUAAAGACAUGGUAUCAUGGACAGGAAUGAUUACAUGUUAUGCUGAAAACAAGUACUUCAAAGAAGCUUUCAAGUUAUUUUCUCAAAUGCGCAUACUAGGCUUCAAUCCCAACAACUUCACACUUGCAAGUAUGUUUAAAGCGUGUCUUGGCCUCGAGGCCAUUGAAGCAGGUAAGACCAUUCACGGGUGUGCUAUUAAAACCUGCUAUGAGAUCGAUCCUUAUGUUAGUGUUUCAUUACUUGAUUUAUACACAAAAUCUGGUGAUAUCAAUGAUGCACGACUUGUUUUCGAAGAGACACCCAAAAAAGAUGUGAUCCCUUGGAGUUUCAUGAUUGCAAGAUACUCUCAAAGUGACAGAUGUGAAGAGGCUGUGAGACUAUUUUGUAGAAUGAGACAAGGAUCCACUGUUCCUAAUCAGUUUACUUUUGCUAGUGUCCUUCAAGCAUGUGCAACAAUGGAGAAUUCAAGAUUAGGGAAGCAGAUUCAUUCCCAUGUACAGAAAGUUGGUCUUGAUUUGAAUGUAUACGUAUCAAACGCCCUUAUGGAUGUUUACUCUAAAUGUGGAUUCAUAGAAGACUCAGUCAAACUUUUCACAGAAUCAAAAAACCGAAACGAAGUCUCGUGGAACACACUAAUUGUUGGAUAUGUGAAUUUAGGAAACUGGGAUAUGGCACUUACCCUAUUUUCUGAUAUGCUAAAAGAUCAAAUUCAGUUAACUGAAGUGGCAUAUUCUUCUGUUCUUCGUGCAUGUGCUAGCUUGACUAUAUUGGAGUUAGGCAUCCAAAUACAUUGUUUAACAAUCAAAACCUUGUAUGAACUCAAUGUUGUGGUUGCAAAUGCUUUGAUAGACAUGUAUGCAAAAUGUGGGAGCAUAAAACAAGCUCGUUUAGUUUUCGAAAAGAUUAGCCACAAAGAUGUGGUGUCAUGGAACGCGAUGCUUUCAGGGUAUUCCAUGCAUGGGCUUGGUGAAAAGGCUUUGACUUUGUUUGACUUGAUGCGUAAAACAAAUAUCAAACCAGAUGAGUUAACAUUUGUUGGAGUCCUUUCGGGUUGUAGUAACAUAGGUUUGUUAGAAAAAGGAAAAGAUUACUUUACUUCAAUGGUACAAGACUAUGGUAUUAAGCCUUGCAUGGAGCAUUAUACAUGCAUGGUGUCACUUUAUGGGAAAUUAGGUCAUCUUGAGAAAGCUAUGAAAUUAAUCGAUGAAAUUGAAGAACCAAGUGUAAUGAUAUGGAGGGCUUUACUUGGAGCUUGUGUGAUCCAUAAAGAUGUUGAGUUAGGUGAAGUAUGUGCUACACGUGUUCUUGAAAUGGAACCUCAUGAUGAGUCUACUUAUGUGUUAUUGUCAAAUAUGUAUGCGAAUGCAAAAAGGUGGGAUAGUGUGGGGUUAGUUAGGAAAAAUAUGAAAAAGAAAAGGGUAAAAAAGGAACCGGGGCUUAGUUGGAUCGAGAAACAAGGCAUAGUUCAUUAUUUUACAGUUGGUGAUUCUUCACAUGGUGAUAUUAGGUUGAUUUAUGGGAUGUUGGAGUGGUUGAAUUUGAAAUGCAAGAAAGAAGGUUAUGUAUGUAACCAUGAUGUUAUAUUACUUGAUGUUGAAGAUGAUGAAAAGGCGCGAUUAUUGUGGGUACAUAGUGAGAGAUUAGCUUUGGCAUUUGGGCUAAUUAGUAUGCCUUCAGGAUGCCCGAUUCGUAUCAUGAAGAAUCUGAGAAUAUGUUUGGAUUGUCAUGGUGUGUUCAAGAUUAUAUCAAAGAUUGUGCAACGUGAGAUUAUUAUUAGAGAUAUAAAUAGGUUUCAUCACUUUGAACAUGGGGUUUGCUCUUGUGGUGAUUAUUGGUGAAGUUCAAGAGUUUUUGAUAAAGGGUUCUUCAUUCUUGUGUUCUUCUCUAAUGUUUGAGAGUUUCUCCUAUGAAAGGACAUUUCAUGGUUAACCCAAACUUUUGUGAGUCCACUUGGGUCACAAUGAACAUUAAGAAAAAUAUAGAUUUUUAAAUGUUUUAUAUAUAUCAUCUACAAAAUAUACUCAAAUAAUUACCUA